AUGGAUAAAAUAGGUGAAAAAAAUGACGAAGAGGUCCCGACAUGGGUUGCUCAAUCGAAAGUGAAUAGUUUAAGACAGUUUUUUAAGAACUUUGAUGAUAUUUAUGACACUCACUUAGCAGACAUAGUACAGUGCAAGAAAAUAGAAGAAUAUAUAGAGUUAGAAGAUAAACUAAUAGGACCUUCUAACAUAACAAAACUGGAAAAGUUACCAAUACGCAUUAACAAGCCUGAAACGAGAGUGCCAGCAGUAUUUUACUUUCUAACGGUAUUCUUAAUGAAAUGGGCAGGGCUAGCUGCGAAGAAAAUAAUAGAAGAAUAUAUAGAGUGUCACGUGAAAGCUGAAAUCGAAAUUGAGCGAAUGGAAUAUGAUAAAAAAAUGGCUGCGACUGAAUUUGAUGAACUCAAGUGGAAAUACGAUGCACUUUCAACAGCUUUUGACAAGUUUAAGGAAAAUUCAGCAGAUAGUAGUCUGACAAAUGGAUUGAUAAUCACAGAUUUAGAAGGUAGGAUUAGGAAUUUAGAAGCCGAUGUAACAGCAAAAGAAAAUAUAAUUAGAAAUUUACAAGCCGAUGUUACAGCAAAGAAACAAAUCAUAUUGGAAAAAAGCGAACAGACUAAUAUGUUAUGGGAAAAGAUAAGGGAUUGGAAGCUAAAGUGGAAAAGUCAACGUGUCAAAAUACGGAUAUGGAUUUAG